AUGUCAAAAGAUAAAUAUGAAAGAAGCUUAAAAAAUUUGAACAUGUUGCGCAGGCCAGUGUUGAACAACGUUACGAAUACUACUGAUUCGUCUUUGAAUACAUUUGGUAAAGUGUUAAGACAAGCGAAAUCGAAGUUGCAGAACAAUAGAGGUAACAUUACACAAAGUGCUACAGACUUCGAUUCAAACUCAAGUAACUCUAUUCCUCUCAGAGAAGGACACGCUAUAAGGGAAGAUAAGGAAAACCUUAAUCCCUUAGGAAAAAUCGAUGAAAGAGAGGAGCUGGAGCCUAGCCACAAAACCCUUAAUACUCAGAAACAUGUUACAAUCGACGAUAAACAGCAAAUCAUAGGAUAUUCUCAUCUUGGGUUUGAUAAGUCAGCUCCUUCCACUUCAUCAUCAACAACCUCUUCAAAUAAUACAAAUUCUGCUGGUUCUUCCGCUACAUCAUCAUACAAGAACGACCCAAGAACCAAUGCAGAGGGUGAACUGCUAGCUAAAACACAUUUGCAAACAAAACAAGAUGAUAUUGUUCUGCAUAGAAGAGAGGUACCAGGUAACAAUAGUGAUGACGCUAUAGGAUCGGGAUCUGGAUCAAGUGAAUCUGAAAAUGCUCUAACUAAUACCGCAUCUCUUAACGACAAUACAACGGCAUCCACAAAUACACAAUUGAUAACAGAACAACUUGAGGUUGAAGACUCCAAAAAGAGACCAAUAAGUACUGUGGUGGAACAAACGCUGCCAAAAAAAUUCAAGGUGUGUGAGAAAGGGAAAGAAUAUGAAUGGGAAGACCUUGAUGAGGAAGAUAUUAAUGACCCAUUUAUGGUAAGCGAAUAUGUAAAUGAUAUUUUUGAGUAUUUGCAUCGCUUAGAGAUGAUGACACUACCUAAUAGACACGAAUUGUUCAAGCAUGCUAAUAUUCAACAAAACAGAGAUAUAUUGGUUAAUUGGAUGGUGAAAAUCCAUAAUAAAUUUGGUUUGCUGCCGGAAACACUAUAUUUGGCAUUGAAUAUCAUGGACAGGUUCCUUUGUAGGGAGUUGGUGCAACUGGAGAAAUUGCAGCUAGUUGGUACUGCUUGUUUAUUUAUUGCUUCAAAAUACGAAGAAGUUUACAGCCCAAGCGUUAAGCACUUUGCAUAUGAAACAGAUGGUGCUUGCGAUGAGGAAGAAAUAAAGGAGGGGGAGAAGUUUAUUCUAAAAACUCUAGAGUUCAACUUAAACUAUCCAAAUCCUAUGAACUUCCUAAGACGGAUAUCGAAAGCAGAUGAUUAUGAUAUACAAUCCAGGACAUUGGCGAAGUAUCUACUUGAGAUAUCAAUAGUAGAUUUCAAGUUUAUUGGAAUCCUACCAUCGUUAUGCGCGGCGGCUUCUAUGUUCUUGUCAAGAAAAAUGUUGGGCAAGGGUAAAUGGGAUGGAAAUUUAAUACAUUAUAGUGGAGGGUAUACUAAAGACGAAUUAGCACCAGUUUGUAACAUGGUGAUGGAAUAUUUAGUUCAGCCUGUGGUUCAUGAUGAAUUGUUUAAGAAAUAUGCUUCGAGAAGAUUUAUGAAAGCAUCGGUUAUUUCGAGACAAUGGGCAAAGAAAGUCAUGUCCCACAAUUAUGAUAUUAUGACACUACAUGAUGCUGAAUAA